CUAGUUGGUUACCUUGCGUUGAUUGGUCAAUGCUUUUUUUGGGAAGGGUUUCUGGGACCAGGGAAGGGGGUGAAGGGCGGUUUCAAGGCGGCCCCUUAGUUUUGGCCAAAGAGCAAACUCCGGUCCCGGGACAGAGGGCGCCUUGAAACGGAAUGCUCCGGAGUGCGGAGAUCAGCGGAGCACAAAGAGAAAGUGGUCAGAACCGAGUGAGCACACCCGGUACCAACAGAGUUAACAAGCCUUGGGUACGGUGGUCCAAGCCGAUCUAAACAGAGCAAACAAUAACGGAGCCUCGAGUCAGUAAGCACAACGGAGCGAGUUACCGGUGAUAAUCUGGACGGUAUUUACCCCGGGAAAUUUGAUCCAAGCGCAAAAUAAGUGAACCGAUCCGAGGCAUCCUAAUUCAACAGGUCGGUAGAAAAGAGCGUAACUUUGGUCAACAAAUACGGACAGACCACAAGCAGUUGUCUGCAACUUCGUGACCUAACAGGGGGCCAGGAGGUAACCCAGGACAAUCUCAAUAUAGAGCGGAGUGACGUGGUAUAAGCAGAUAAGAGGUUAAAGGCCUCGACCAUAGAGACACAAGGACCGAAACUUUAGUGCAAUUCGCCAGGCUGGCUGCAGUCAUCUGGCUUUAAGAAACUGAAUUAAAGACACUUCUGCAAUCAUGAAGGAGGCCACCACAGCCAUUUCUUUCCAAAUGUUGGUCGUUUUCGCCCUGAAUCUCUUGGCUACUUCCCAACUGCAUGGAGAAAAGGGUAUUUCGGUGCCAGAGCAUGGCUUUUGCCAGCCCAUUUCCAUACCAUUAUGUACAGAUAUUGCCUACAAUCAGACCAUUAUGCCCAACCUGUUGGGUCAUACCAAUCAAGAGGAUGCUGGCUUGGAGGUCCACCAGUUUUACCCCUUGGUCAAAGUGCAGUGUUCCUCUGAGCUGCGCUUUUUUCUCUGCUCCAUGUAUGCACCAGUUUGCACUGUCCUAGAACAGGCAAUCCCUCCAUGUCGUUCAAUUUGUGAGCGUGCCCGGCAUGGCUGUGAAGCCCUAAUGAACAAGUUUGGUUUCCAAUGGCCUGAAAGAUUGAGAUGUGAGAACUUCCCACGCAAUGGUGCAGAGCAGAUUUGUGUUGGACAGAACCAUUCAGAAGAUAGAGUUCCAACUUUAUUGACAACUAGCCCACCCCAACAUGGUACUCCAGGGCAUCCAGCCUAUGCUACUCCAGAUCAUCCCUUUCACUGUCCUAGAGUUCUAAAGGUUCCUACCUACCUCAAUUACAGGUUCUUGGAGGAAAAGGACUGUGCAGCACCAUGUGAACCAGCAAAGAGUGAUGGUUAUAUGUUCUUCAGUCAAGAAGAGAUACGUUUUGCCAGAGUCUGGAUCCUUAUCUGGUCAGUGCUUUGCUGUGCCUCAACCUUUUUCACAGUGACUACCUACCUAGUGGACAUGCAGAGGUUCCGGUAUCCUGAAAGGCCCAUAAUCUUUCUGUCUGGCUGCUACACAAUGGUGUCUGUGGCCUACAUUGCUGGUUUUGUGCUGGGUGACAAGGUAGUGUGCAAUGAAAGCUUUUCAGAGGAUGGCUACAAAACUGUUGUACAAGGAACUAAGAAAGAAGGGUGCACCAUCCUAUUUAUGAUGCUAUACUUCUUCAGCAUGGCUAGCUCUAUUUGGUGGGUCAUCCUUUCUUUAACAUGGUUCUUGGCUGCUGGGAUGAAGUGGGGCCAUGAGGCAAUUGAAGCCAACUCGCAGUAUUUUCAUUUAGCAGCAUGGGCAGUGCCUGCUGUUAAAACUAUUACUAUUCUAGCUAUGGGGCAGAUAGAUGGAGACCUUCUCAGUGGGGUUUGCUUUGUGGGACUCAACAGCAUUGAUCCCCUGAGAGGGUUUGUAUUGGCACCUCUCUUUGUCUAUCUUUUCAUUGGAACCUCCUUCCUCCUGGCUGGAUUUGUAUCCCUCUUCAGGAUUAGAACAAUCAUGAAACAUGAUGGCACCAAGACAGAAAAACUUGAGAGGCUUAUGGUGAGAAUUGGGGUUUUCAGUGUCCUUUAUACUGUACCAGCAACAAUUGUCAUAGCAUGCUACUUUUAUGAACAGGCUUUUAGGGAGCAUUGGGAACGUAGCUGGGUGAGCCAAAACUGUAAGAGUUUGGCUAUCCCCUGUCCUCUUCAAUACACACCACGCAUGACCCCUGAUUUUACAGUAUAUAUGAUUAAAUAUCUGAUGACCCUGAUUGUUGGCAUCACCUCAGGCUUUUGGAUCUGGUCAGGAAAAACUCUUCAUUCAUGGAGAAAGUUCUAUACCCGGCUUACCAACAGCAAACAUGGGGAGACCACAGUGUGAGCACUAAGGUUAAUGUAUUUCUUUGUAGAAAUCUCUAAACCAAGUCCACCAUUGACUACAAUUGCCCCAUCUUUAUCUGGAUCUCAACCAGGUUUUGUAGUUCAUGACCCAACUGACCAUUCUCAAUACAUUCAGGUACAUCUCUCUGGAGUUGUAAUUAAAACUGUACAUAUUUUUUUGUAAAUGUAAUUAUAUAUUUCUAUUUAAAAUAAUUUUGGUUGUUAAAAAGAAGAGAAGAACCAAUGAUUUUCUUAGGAAGUACAAGUUUGCUCUCUUUUUUUUUUAAAUGCUUAGUAGACUUGGCAGUGCCUUAAAAUGGAGACACAAAGACUGUUUCCUGUUGGUUUUGGCUCUGAGUGGAUAUAUACAUAUAUUUUCCUGUUUUAUUCAGCAUUGCUCUGCUGAACUGUGGAAUCUACUAUUUUUCAUGUUCUUAAAAUUUCAUUUGGAACGCAACCAAAGAACUCCAAGAUCUUUAGCUGCAUGAGUGGUAGAAGAUGUCCUCCUUAAACAGACAUUGCUGUUGUGGUGUUUCCAAGCUUGACAACUCUAAGGGAAUGCCUCACUGCUAGUACUGAAAAAGCACACUGAGCUGAACUUCUUAUACCCUGUGCACGGGGCCUAUGAUGCAGUAAACACUAGCCCUUCAAGUAUGUUUCAAAGUUUGCAUGUGUUUGCUGCAGACACAAGUUACUGAACUGGUGGCUUAAUGGUGAAAAAAAUCUGUCCAGAAGCUGAUAUUUGAGUGUGAUGCAGCAUGGGGGGGGGGGGGGGGUAAUGGGGGUUGCCUGAUUAUAUCUCCAGACUCUAUAUACUUUGGAGAGUUUACUUUCAAAUUCAGCACAUUCUGGAGAAAUACCGAUCUGUGUUUAAAUGGUUUUUUUUUUUAUGUGAUUUUAUUAUUUUUUGUGUCUCCCUUUUAAAUAAAAAAAUCGUUAUUUUUAGGUAAAAACCAUUAACAAACCUUGUGCUGCUCUCGUUUUUUUGUAAUGUAAUUAGAGCUUACCAUUUUAGAAGAAGCAAUUCUCUGCAACUUAUAACAAUUAAUUACUAUCCUAAAAAGGCUGAUAUGGAAAAUGGAUUUAAUGUAAAAUUUCUUGUUAAACAUCAAAUGUCAUUUACAUUUGGAAAUUGAAUUGGCAUGUUAGAGAAAAUAAUACUACACACACACACACAUAUAUAUAUAUAUAUAUAUAUAUAUAUGUGUGUGUGUAUAUUUAUUUUUAUUUUUUAAGCCGUGUAGCUUUAAAGGGACAGUGAACUUUAAAACUGUGUUAUGUACAUCAUAGAACACUAUUUACACAUAUUAAAUAUAAUUGUAAUUUAAAAA